GAUUUCUGUAAAAAGUUUGUUGUCUUUACAAAAAGAAAAGAAAAAAGAGACGCUAGAAAGAACGCGAAAGCUUGCGAAGAAGAUUUGCUUUUGAUCGACUUAACACGAACAACAAACAACAUCUGCGUGAUAAAGAAGAGAUUUUUGCCUAAAUAAAGAAGAGAUUCGACUCUAAUCCUGGAGUUAUCAUUCACGAUAGAUUCUUAGAUUGCGACUAUAAAGAAGAAGAUGGCUGUAUAUGAACAAACCGGAACCGAGCAGCCGAAGAAAAGGAAAUCUAGGGCUCGAGCAGGUGGUUUAACGGUGGCUGAUAGGCUAAAGAAGUGGAAAGAGUACAACGAGAUUGUUGAAGCUUCGGCUGUUAAAGAAGGAGAGAAACCGAAACGCAAAGUUCCUGCGAAAGGGUCGAAGAAAGGUUGUAUGAAGGGUAAAGGAGGACCAGAUAAUUCUCACUGUAGUUUUAGAGGAGUUAGACAAAGGAUUUGGGGUAAAUGGGUUGCAGAGAUUCGAGAACCGAAAAUAGGAACUAGACUUUGGCUUGGUACUUUUCCUACCGCGGAAAAAGCUGCUUCCGCUUAUGAUGAAGCGGCUACCGCUAUGUACGGUUCAUUGGCUCGUCUUAACUUCCCUCAGUCUGUUGGGUCUGAGUUUACUAGUACGUCUAGUCAAUCUGAGGUGUGUACGGUUGAAAAUAAGGCGGUUGUUUGUGGUGAUGUUUGUGUGAAGCAUGAAGAUACUGAUUGUGAAUCUAAUCCAUUUAGUCAGAUUUUAGAUGUUAGAGAAGAGUCUUGUGGAACCAGGCCGGACAGUUGCACGGUUGGACAUCAAGAUAUGAAUUCUUCGCUGAAUUACGAUUUGCUGUUAGAGUUUGAGCAGCAGUAUUGGGGCCAAGUUUUGCAGGAGAAAGAGAAACCGAAGCAGGAAGAAGAGGAGAUACAGCAACAGCAACAGGAACAGCAACAGCAACAGCUGCAACCGGAUUUGCUUACUGUUGCAGAUUACGGUUGGCCUUGGUCUAAUGAUAUUGUAAAUGAUCAGACUUCUUGGGAUCCUAAUGAGUGCUUUGAUAUUAAUGAACUCCUUGGAGAUUUGAAUGAACCUGGUCCCCAUCAGAGCCAAGACCAAAACCACGUAAAUUCUGGUAGUUAUGAUUUGCAUCCGCUUCAUCUCGAGCCACACGAUGGUCACGAGUUCAAUGGUUUGAGUUCUCUGGAUAUUUGAGAGUUCUGAGGCAAUGGUCCUACAAGACUACAACAUAAUCUUUGGAUUGAUCAUAGGAGAAACAAGAAAUAGGUGUUAAUGAUCUGAUUCACAAUGAAAAAAUAUUUAAUAACUCUAUAGUUUUUGUUCUUUCCUUGGAUCAUGAACUGUUGCUUCUCAUCUAUUGAGUUAAUAUAGCGAAUAGCAGAGUUUCUCUCUUUCUUCUCUUUGUAGAACAAUAAGUGUACGUAAUUAACAAAAAUUAUAACCAUAAUUUACAAUUACAGUUCUAAAAAAAUCUUGAAUUUAGAGAAAAGAAUCAUGGAUAAAAUAACUUGGCAAAGAAAAGCUCGUUCCAAGUA